ACUUACUUACUCACUUAUAUACAUUUGAAAAUCACAGUUAGUGGUGUUGCGUGUCAUACAUGAGUGUGCUGCUGCUGCUGCUGCUGCUGCUGCAGCGCCUCUCAUAACCUCUCUCAGCGUGUUGUUAACCAGUCCCUAAGUCCGUUAGAUCGGUGCCUUAAUCCACAAUUUCAAGAUGGUUAGGGUGGACAAAACGACAUGGAAGGCUAAUUACUUCACCAAGAUCACCAAGCUUUUUGACGAUUACAGCCGUUGCUUCAUUGUUGGUGCUGACAAUGUCGGCUCAAAGCAAAUGCAGGAGAUCCGAAUGGCUCUGCGUGGCUGUGCUGUUGUUCUCAUGGGCAAAAACACCAUGAUGCGCAAGGCUAUUCGUGGCCAUCUAGAGAACAACCCAAAUUUAGAAAGGCUGCUUCCUCAUAUUGUGAACAACGUAGGAUUUGUGUUCACCAAUUUCGAUCUGGUUGAGGUUCGUGACAAGCUUCUGGCCAACAAGAAGAAGGCUCCUGCACGUCCUGGAGCUAUUGCUCCUUGUGCUGUAACUCUCCCUGCUCAGAACACUGGUCUUGGUCCUGAGAAGACUAGUUUCUUCCAGGCUUUGCAGAUUCCGACCAAGAUUUCUAGGGGUACCAUUGAAAUUGUUAAUGAUGUGCAGUUAAUGAAAGAAGGGGACAAGGUGGGUGCCAGUGAGGCCACACUUCUCAACAUGUUGAAUGUAUCCCCUUUCACCUAUGGUUUGAUUGUGGAGCAAGUUUACGAUCAAGGAACAGUCUUUUCUCCUAAAGUGUUGGAUAUUACUGAUGAAGAUCUUAACAAGACAUUCGAGGAGGCUCUAAAAAGGGUGGCUGCUUUGUCACUUUCCAUUGGUUAUCCCACUAUUGUGUCUGUGCCCCACUCUAUUGUGAAUGGCAUGAGGAGGCUACUGGCACUUGCUGCUGUUACUGACAUCACUUUCAAGGAGGCAGAAACUGUUAAGGAGUUCUUGACGGACCCAAGUAAGUUUGCUGCUGCUGUUGCUGCACCUGCAGCAGCAGCUGCUGCUCCUGCUGCUGCUGCUGCUCCUAAAGAAGCUGCUAAGGUAGAGGAGGAAGAGGAGGAAUCCGAUGAAGACUUUGGUAUGGGUCUUUUUGACUAGACACCAUUUAUGGAGUCAGUUUUGAAUAAAUGAAAUGAAGUAAUAA